CGUACAAAUCUGACCCACUGACGUUUGUCAUCAUCCUAAAAGCUCCCGUUUUAGUUUUUAUUGUGACUUUUCUACACAGUAAACCCUACAUCUGUUUUUGAGUAUAUUUUAGGAUUAAAAUGGAUUUGAACUGUCCAGGGCUGGUAAAUCGACCUGAUCCCAACGUAAAAACUUCGGACUUUUAUAGAACUUGUCACUUGCCGAAACGCUUUGAAUAUCCUUCGUGGUUUUAUGGUUAUGGGCUUCAGAAGACCCCUCCGGAUCAUCCGUUUUAUAGGACAACUUCAAGCGAUUACGGCAGGUAUCCACCAACAAUCCACACGGUUCCCACGUCAUUCUACCCGAAUUGUCAGGAAUUCAGCAAGUCCCUCAUCAGGGCGGGCAACUACAAGAAUUAUUCUCUGAACACUGGCUUAGAUCGGACGCUCUACUGAAUUUAUUUCACUUCCGUCUCCUCGGACGCCCUUAUGCGACGCCAAAUUCUUGAGAUAACUCACAGCCAGGCAAUAACGGAAAAAUCUAUACUGAGUGCUUGUUAAUGUCUCUUUAAGCGAAGGCUCUAUUGUUUGUUCCGUUUAUAUAUUUUUACUAUAUUAAUUUUUUUGAUAUUUACAAAACUUUUCGACAAAAUCAACUGUAGAACGGGCGUACAAAUUACAAUAGAUAAUACUCAAUAA